UUUUUUCCGUUUCUUCUGAAAAUUUUUUCUCUUAUGCUCAGGGCAAGCUUGGUGAGAGUGAAGAAUUAUUCAGUUAUUUUACUGGUAAAGUUUGGUUUUUUAAGGAGAGACGUGGUAUUCAGAAGCUGGGGUUUUGGUGAUUGAAGGGGAUUGGGCCACCAUCAAAUCGGGCUGGCUUGACUACUAAUAUUUAUUUUUCAUGAAGAAUGAAACCAAAGCUAAGUGGUGCUCGAAGAAUAUUGGAUUCUCAGACUUAGAUGUGAAGACUUCUUUGAGAAUCCAUCAAUGAGAAUUGUGCACUAUUCAUGUGCUCUUCUCAAAUGAAGACUUUGGGACUACUUUUUGGAUCUGAGUCUGUGGGGCUAAAACACAAAUAAGUUAGAUGUUUCUCCGCUCCACGAUAAUCAAACAUGCUAGUAGCGACUGUAGAUUAUUUGCAUUUUGCAUACUGAACUCUUUUGGAGACGGAAUGUGUUUUCUAGCCUUGUGGGAAGCAAUUCAACACUGCAGAUGAGCUUAAAGCCUCAUCUUAUCAUUCUUGACUGCAAAGAAAUGGGGUCUAGUUGGUCUGUGGCAAACUUUCAUUUGGAUGAUAAUGUUUUAGUACUGCACAUUCUAGUUUGAAUAAGGCUUUCGUGAAUUCUGUUUUCAUUGCUUUUUUUAUUUGUAACAUCACAAGUGUUUGUAUUUUUCUUUAAUUGUUAAUUUACUUGUUCAUGCUGCUUGCUUAAACUUUGAAAUGCUUACAGAAUAAAUUGCUUUGUUUCAGGCUUACUUGUGUUAUAAUUUUGCUUUGUUUAUGAUUUAGCCCUGUUGGCCGCUUGUGUCACUUAUCAGUAUGAACAACCAAUUCAGUGAAGAUCAAGAUGAAGCAACUGUUAUGGGGUUUGAAGUACCAAAAUCACCUGAUUCAAGUUAUAAUAAUGUGUACCCUGGAAAUGAAGAUGAUGCACGUGACCCACCAGUUGUCCCUGCACACCUGCAUCGUACCUUGCUUAGCUACCCCGCGAGCAUGAAUGCUUCUGGGAAUCUUCCUUUGCCAGAAAAUGUGAUUCUAAAUCAUCUUUACAUUGAAAACCGAGAGGCACCAAGAUCUGUAGUGGCACUUGGGUUCACUCACCGCUUCCGUUCGAAGUAUGUUACUGUUGUGCUGUACAAACCAGUUCCAAGGAGGGGUAGUCCCAGUACUUAAAACAUAUGAAUAGAGAAUAUACCUUCAAUUUGGGUUGGUUGGUUUGCCCUUGUGAGGGAAUUAGUUUCAAUAGACUCAAAUACGGAAUUAGCAGAAAUGAUAUUUAUUGGUUUCACAACAGCUGAUGACUUAGGGGGUUGCUAAUUGAACCCGAAAGUUAACAUUUGACUUGAAAUAUCAGUUAUGUUAUGAGGGGUAGAGUUGCUAUACAUAUAAAGCUUUCUCGUUAUUCUUUUUAAUCAGUAUUUGUGGCAUCGUGAGCUUGUUUACUUCCUAGGUGCUGUAUACCAAACUUAGAGCUCUUGUAUUUGUUGGCAUCGGAUCAUUUCAUUUUGAUGGGCAUGCCUGGCAUCAGGUAGCUUUAUGUUAUGUUUAAUUACAUAGAGAAGACUUUUGUGUUGCUAA